AUGAAACAGAUUAUUCAAGAAAGGAUCAAAUUGCUCUUGCAAUCUUCAGACCACAACAUCGAUUUGGAAUCCAUUGUUAUGCUUAGACUUGCAGAGUUAGAUGGUACACGGUUGUCAAAAAUUGGUUGUUUCAAACCACUAAUCACCAACAAUCCAAUUUUAAAAGACCACAUAUUCAAGUGUAAACAUUGUUUGGAUGCAAAUGGAUAUGUAGAGUACUGUAUUUCCAAACAAGUUAUAGCACCAGAGAAUAAGAAGGAUAUAAAUGGAGAAGAAUUGUUCUGGACACACUUUUCCAAGAAGAAGUGGGAUUUAUUAGAUGGAGUUUUUAUAACUCCAUCUAAUGAACACCAUAACGAUUUGUUUGGUAUUAACAGAGUUAACGAUUCUACAGACAUGAUUAUUCCAAUAGGUUUCCAGUGUAAAGUUCAAUCUGGAGCUAAAUUUGACCCACAUUCAUAUUUUAGCUCCACUAUUCCUGAACUAUUUUAUCUCGAUAAUUAUGGAAAAUUGAAAUCUGACACCCUCUACAAUUUAAAUUGUAAUCAUGUUGAAGAAACCAAGAUUAAGGAUAAAAAACAAUAUCGUUUCGUUGUGAUGGAUAAAUCAAAAAAGAUAAUAGAUGAUGCGAAUGGUAAAGGCAUGAAAGUUAGUUCAAGUGCAAAAUGGUACAGUGGCAAAAGAAAUGAUAUUUUACAAGUAUUUAAAUCAUCAAAAAUGAUGCAAGUGUGUAUUGGAUUUCAUACAACUGAAACAUUCUCAAACAAGAUUGUAAAGAAAUACCAGCAAAACUAUUUGUGCUCCUUUAUUGACAUGAGCAAUUAUGACUUACUCUUCGAUAAAGAAUGGGAGACAUAUUUAAGGAGCUUUUUAACCACAGUGGCCGAACGAGUGAACAGCAAUAAUAAGAAGAAUAAUUUGGAAAAGAAAUAA